GGAUAUAUAACGGCUUUAGACGAUGUUUAUACUAUGAAAAUAGAGGCCGAUUCGGUCAAAUAUGGCAGAAAAACAAAAAGAACAUGUGGAUCCGCCGGAUUCCAAAGCACAAACAAAUGAACAAAAAUAUGUCCAAACAUACCAGAAGAGGGAAAAUGACGAUUAUGGAUAUUCUUUAUUUCCAAACAGAAGUGCAGGAAAAGUACCAGAAGAAGAACAACCUGGACUGUUUAAAAUUUUAAAAACUGGGGAUUUUUGGUCUUAUGCUACAUAUAGUCCUGCACAUCAUCAGAGAUGCAGAACUUUAGUUAGAUAUUGUACAGAUCAUGAUGAUCGAGUGAAGAUGAUGAUGAGAGCUUUAAAGGCACAUGGAUGUCCUGUUGAUGUGAACAGACAUAUCUAUUGUGAGCCAUGUAAACUGAAAAUGAGUGGAGGUUUUGACUUCUUUAACAAUCAGGUUGUUGUAUGUCAGAAUGUUAUAAAGAACAGAGCAGCAUGCUGUAAUGUUCUAUCACAUGAGAUGUUGCAUGCCUUUGACCAUUGUCGCGCAAAAUUGGACAUCAGUAAUAUUGAACAUAUGGCUUGCACAGAGGUUCGAGCAGCUAAUAUGUUCCAUUGCACAUUAGUUAGUGCAUUUGCAAAUGGAGAGGCAAAACCAUGGAACUAUCUCAACAGACAUGUGAACUGUGUGAAGCGUAAAGCUAUGACAUCAAUUAUGGUAGUUAGAAAUGUAACUGAACAAGAGGCAAGUGACGCUGUAGAUAAAGUGUUUAAUAGAUGUUAUAAUGACCUUGAACCAUUCGGUAGAAGGAUAAGAAAAGGAACAGAUGAUGAUGAAAAAAGUUUAAAGGAAGGAAUUCUUUAUGGAUAUAUGGAUAAAGAGCAAUAGCUUUUAUAUUUUAACCUUUGAUCUCAUAAAGCAGAAUGAUACACCUACCAAAUAAAUAUGUUAUAAACACAAUA